AGAUCAUAAAUGGUCUCGCCAUCUUUCCCACCGAGUUAUGACAACAAUAUGGUAUGCAUAGCAAUGCGUGGACACAGAACGCAGUGACGCAGGAUUCAUGCAACGAAAAUGGUGAGAGUAUUUCCUAGAAAGAGAAGAAAGAAAAGUCAAGCAGAGAUAGGGACGAUAAAUAAGAGACGUUAUCAAAAGUUUUUGAACUAUUUGAAAGAAAGCCCGGGCGAGAUAAAGAAAGUACGUAAUCUUGUCAACAAUGCAAAGUAUGAGAGAACAGGGAUGUUGACUCGUGGAAUGCUGCAAAAGUUCGAGGAACAAAAUGCAUUGUUUUCUUUGAGUAAAAAACGUUCUUCGCGAAAUAGUGUAAUCAUUAUAAAUGACAGUGACAAUGAAUCAAAUGGGAAAGAAGAAGAUCCUUCCCUCAGCAUCAUCGAGUGCAGUCCAACAACAUUGCCCUCAUCUUCACAGCAAAAAUUGGAAAAGAAAGAAUUGCGGAGAUCUCUCAGACAAAACAAAAACAGAUCGUCAAUAACACUAUCAAAUUUAUCCAUUAUAGAAUCACCGAGUACACAAUCUUUAUACAAUGGAGAAAAUAUAGCACCGUCACAAAAAGAGGACGAUGUAAUUGAGUUAUGGUCUUCUCUCAAGAAUUCAACAUCAAAUACAUGCGAGAAAAGUACAAAGUAUGAUGAGACAAAUGAAAAAGUGAAAUUUGUGAUAGAUACAAAGCCAAACCUGGAAUAUCUAGAAUAUCUAAAAAUGAAUACAGAACCUGUACAGAAGAGACAAAAACGGUGUCACAAUUCUGAUAAAGUUACAUUGCCAUCAUAUAAGAAUCGAAAAAAGAGACAAUACAUUGAUAAUACAGAUUCAAUUUUCUCACAAUCUAAUGCACAAUCCUGUGAAAAAGAAACAAAGACAAUUGUAUCUGAUGAACAAAAUACUCUGGACUCAAGUCAUAAAUUAAGAGAAAUAAUUGUCGAUGGAUGUAAUGUGGGAAUGGCCCAUUCACAUCAUCGAGUGUUCUCUGUAAAAGGCAUCCAAUUAGUGGUAGAUUAUUUUACAAUAAGGGGUCAUGUUGUGAAAGUUUUUUUACCGAAUUAUUUUCGAAAAUUUACGUUACUUGAAGACUUAUAUAAAAAAGGUAUAGUUGUUUUUACACCUAGCCGCAACGUCGAUGGCAGACAAAUUACACCUUAUGAUGAUCGGUUUAUUUUGGAAUAUGCGACAGCAUGCAGAGGAAUAGUGAUUUCCUCAGAUCAAUAUAGAGAUUUAUAUGAGGAAAAGCCAGAAUGGCGUGAUACAAUCUUGAAUCGUUUAUUAACGCCAACUUUUGUCGGGGAUUACAUCAUGUUCCCAGAAGAUCCAUUAGGCAAGUCUGGACCUAAUCUGGAGACAUUUUUGCGACAUUGAUAGAAUAUAUUUUGUUAUAAAAUGUGUUCUAAGUAAGGUAAGUUGAUGAUAAUGAACCAAAUAAUGUCCUGUUGUCAAAGAAAAAUUACAUCUUUGAUAUUGUAAUUUUAUCUCAAAUACCUGUACUCUAUUUGUUUUCCUUUAUGUUUGUUCAGUAUACAUCUUUUUAUGCUAAACUAAUAACUAUAUAAUAAAUGUUAUUUUUUUAUCACAUUAAUAUUUUUUUUUAUAAAAUAUUCAUUUAUUCAUGGAUAUCCAAUUAUGAGAUGUAUCUUGAAUCAAAAUGCAAGAAGAAUUAACAGAUAGAGAUGAACCUAAGUUGUUUUGUAUAUAAAGAACAUGAAUAAAAUAUAUUGAGAUAUACAUUA